UACUGGGCCAUGGCCACACUUGUGCUUGUGCGUGUAGAAGCGCGGGGAGAGGUUCCUUGGAUGGGCAGAGUUUUUAUAUAAGCCCCUCUAUGUGCCACUCGUCUCUCGCCAGGAAACCAACAACAACCAGCCAGGCCAGCGGGCAACCAGAACGCACACGCGUAUAAAUAAACGUGAACGCAUGUACUUAAUAUUAGCAUAGAGUUGUCGCCUGCGUGUAUUGCAUAUACAUAACAUAACAACCAUAUACUCCCAUGACAACGGGACCUCAUCCAGAACAACAACAACAAAAGCAACGGCGAAACCGUUAGAGGAAGAGCACUGGCAAAGGAGAAGGAAAAGAAGAAGCAUCGGAAGAGUCCAACAGGCAUCCACAACAUACCACCCAAAAAGGUCCCAAUGCUGGCGUAAAGAAGCCGAAACACCUGCUGCUGCCUGUGAAAAAGCGGGAGGAGCUGCUCCAAACUGCCCAGGUGACAUCAAACCAGUUUGAGGCGACGCACCUGCCGCCUUGAGGAACUGGGAGCAACGGCGGAGGACACGGAUACGGUAACGGUCACGGACUCGAUUUUGGAGUAGCGGCCACCAUGAACGCCAGCCUCAUCUAUGAGAUACUCAUGUAUCUGAAUUCGUUCUACUUUGGCAUGUACGCCGCCUUCGAGGUGGGCGUGGGCGUGCUGAAGGCGAUCAAUCUCAACUACGGCGAGAAUGCGUUGUCUCGGGAGGCCAGUAUCCUGCUCUCCCUGUGCAUCAUAGAGACCUUGCGAAUAGUCUUUGGCCGCAAGAGCAGUCUCAGCGAUCGUGGCUGGCAAGCAACCGCAUCCGUAAUAUUAACACUGCCCAGUCUUGCUAUUGUUAUCUACUUGUGUUGUUUUCAAACCUAUGUUCUCAAACUCGAAAUUAUUCUGAGUGCCUUAAUGAUCACCCUACAAGGUGCUGAACUAGUCUACGCCAGCAUAUUCAUUUGUACAAUGUGUCGCCCCGUGACAUACACCUAGCAGUUGAUAAACCACGUUGCCGCCGCCACGUCAACGACCAAGAUCGAGAUCAAGACCAAGCCAGCACUUACA